UCUCUUUUCGGACUGUCGGUCGGGGUUGGGACUUGGAUUAGCUUCUCGCGACGGACUCGCAUCGAAAAAGGGCGCUUUCUUUUCUCUUUCCUCGCUCAAUCGGAGAUUCGCCGCCUCAGAUUUGAUUUAUUUCCUUCCCCCUCUCCCUAUUUCUUACCAUCAUUUGAACACCAAAUAGUCGUUUCACCGAUCUCUAUUAUCUACCUCCCUUUUUCUUGGAUUCUUCAACCUGUAUCAAGGAUGAUUCCAUGGGGUGGAUUGGGCUGCUGCGCAAGUGCAGCUGCGCUGUAUCUCUUGGGGCGGAACAGCGGAAGGGAUGCGAAUGUUCUCAGAUCGGUCACCAGAGUUAACCAACUGAAGGAUUUGGCUGUUCUCCUAGAUACUGCUUGCAAGGUCCUUCCUCUUGUUGUUACUGUGACUGGACGAGUUGGUUCAGAAACACCUAUCAACUGUGAGCAAAGUGGUCUAAGAGGUGUUAUAGUUGAGGAAACGGCAGAACAACACUUCUUAAAACAUAAUGAUGCUGGAUCCUGGAUACAAGAUUCUGCUCUGAUGCUUUCCAUGAGCAAAGAGGUCCCUUGGUACUUGGAUGAUGGGUCUGGACGUGUCUAUGUUGUUGGUGCUCGAGGUGCUACAGGCUUGGUAUUAACUGUUGCAAGUGAAGUUUUUGAGGAUUCAGGGCGAUCUUUGGUCCGUGGGACGCUGGACUACCUACAGGGUCUUAAGAUGCUUGGAGUUAAGCGAACUGAGAGAAUCCUUCCUACUGGUACUGCAUUGACUAUUGUUGGUGAGGCAGUUAAAGAUGAUGUUGGAAAAAUCAGGAUUCAGCGACCCCACAAAGGGCCAUUUUAUGUGUCCCCAAAGAACAUUGAUCAGUUAAUUGUAAAUCUUGGAAAAUGGGCUAGAUGGUACCAAUUUGCUUCCAUGGGGUUUACAGUCUUUGGGGUCUUUCUGCUUGCAAAGCAUGCACUGCAGUAUAUUUUGGAGAGGAGGAGACGCCGGGAGUUGCAGAAAAGGGUUCUCAGUGCAGCAGCAGCGCGCCAAGCACGGGAUGCUGAAGGAUCAAACCAAGAGUCUGAAAAACUGUCAGAUAACAUGAAGAAGGAUCAUCUGAUGUUAGACAUAUGUGUGAUCUGCCUUGAGCAAGAAUAUAAUGCUGUUUUUGUCCCGUGUGGUCAUAUGUGCUGCUGCACCACAUGCUCUUCACACUUAACUAGCUGCCCACUGUGUCGUAAAAGAAUCGAUCAAGUUGUCAAGACCUUCCGUCACUGAUAUUUUAGAGAAAGCUUAACAAUAUUCUCAUUUGAUGCUGUGGCUCUUUUGAAAGAUUAUGAAUGCCAGCUCUAGACUUAUCUGUAGCCAUUGUCAUCUACUGACAGCUGAUAUAAGCUUGCCAAAGGUAGCCUUAAGGAAGGAAUCACAUCCUAUCUCCGAUAUUAUCAGACAUGUGAUUGUUAGAUGUGAUUGAUUUUACAAGUCGGUAGUUUGCUUCUCUUUGUAAAUUGUGAGACUCCUCUUUGGAGUAUGUCAUAGCCUCUGAUUAUGUUCUUCAUGGUACAGAUUCUCAAAUUUACAGUUGUUAGAAUUUAUGCAUUCAAAAAGUGUUCGAUUGUAUUAUAAUGA